AGGCAGAAAGAGCCACAUAUUCAUCUAUUGCUUUCAUACAUGUUUUGCGUAUCCCCCAAGCCUAUGAAAACCCUAUAAAUACCAGUAUUCUCUUCAUAUUCCAUAUCCAAAUUCCUUUACCGAAAUUCAAGACUUUCUCCAAUUUUUUAGCCUUCACUUGAGCUUUACAAUGGCGACUCCUAGUGCUUAUCUUGCCGAAGCUUAUGUGAUGAAGAAACAAUACAAGGAGAAGAUGAAGACAGAACUGGAAACUAAUGACACCAAAAAGCAACAUAAUAAUCCUAAAAGCUCAUCCUCAUCCUCAUCCUCUUCUUCUUCUUCUUCCUCUUCUUCGGGUGGUUGCUUUUCCAUGAAAAUAUUCAAGAAAGUCCAUCCAAAAACCGCUCCUUCGCCAUCGGAUUCCGCCGUGACACGCCGUGGAGUAGGAUAUGAGAGCUAACAGCUGCUAUAUAUAGCUAUAUAUAUUAAUUACUGCUCUAGGAAUGUUUUAAAGCCACCCAUCUGUUUGGAAUUCAUGAACUCAACUAUAGUGAAGAGGUUUCAUGAUAAAAUUGUUUAAAAAGAUUUGCUUGUAUUUUACGAAUUUUGAUUUCAAUAUGUUUCUUGUUUUUGUAAGCGUAUGUUUUUAAUAUCGUAACAAAUGCAAAAGAAAAGAAACAAGUCUUUGUUCAAUAUUAUGUUA